AUGGGGUCAAUGCAAACGCCUCUGAAGUUUCCCGAUGGCAGCGGGUAUGCACAACCCACCGGCCUCUUGAUCAACAAUGAGUUUGUCGCCUCGGAGGAUGCAUCAUAUUUCGCCAGCAUCGACCCAUUUACCCAAAAGCCGAUCUGUAACAUCGCCCGUGGGAAAGCGGCCGACAUCGACAAGGCAGUGGCAGCUGCACAGACAGCUUUUCCCGGGUGGAAAGCCACCAAGCCUGCGGAGAAAGGCAGGCUUUUGAGUAGGCUCGCCGACCUCAUCGAACGUGAUGUCGAUAUCCUCGCCAAAAUCGAAGCCAUCGACGGUGGAAAGCCUGUCAAGAUUGCAAAGGAUGCCGACGUGCUCGCCGCGGCAGCGUGCUUCCGGUACUACGCCGGCCUGGCUGAUAAGUUGAAAGGGGACACGAUUGAGACCGAUCCUGACACGCUCAAUAUGACCCUCCGUGAGCCUUUGGGUGUCUGUGGGUUGAUUGUUCCGUGGAAUUUCCCGUUGUUGAUGUGUGGGUGGAAGCUUGGUCCGGCGCUCUGCGCUGGCAACACCGCCGUACUGAAGCCGGCAGAGCUGACACCACUGUCCGCACUAUUCCUUGGCAAACUGGUUGUCGAAGCUGGGUUUCCAGAAGGGGUGGUCAACAUUGUCCCAGGAUAUGGCGCCGAAGCAGGUUCAGCCCUGUCCGGACACCCAGAUGUGGCCAAAAUCUCCUUCACGGGAAGCACACAGACGGGAAAGUCUAUCCUUCGAGCUUCGGCGGAUUCCAACCUGAAGAAGACAACGCUGGAGCUGGGGGGAAAGUCGCCUAGCAUCGUUCUGAAGAGUGCAGAUCUGGACGUUGUUGUGGAAUGGUUGAACGGGGGGUGUUUCUACAAUAUGGGGCAGAACUGCUGCGCCAGUAGCCGCGUCUUGGUUCAACGAGAUAUAUAUGCAACCUUUCUGGAAAAGUUCAAGACCCGAGCCGAGAAGAAUGUCCUUGGAUCGCCCUUCGAUGGCAACACUUUCCUAGGACCACAGAUCAGCGGCGCGCAGCAUUCCAAGAUUCUCGGCACGAUCGAAGAAGCAAAGGCAGAAGGUGCCGUAUGUAUAACUGGAGGAAAGUCGCCUUCUGGAUGGUUCAUUGAACCCACUAUCUUCAAAGACGUCAAGAGCACGAUGAAAAUUACACGAGAAGAGGUCUUCGGGCCAGUCGUCGUGGUGGCGCCCUUUGAAGACGAGGCUGAAGCAAUACAAAUGGCCAACGAUUCUUGCUACGGCUUGGCCGCCGGCGUCUUUACUUCGGAUAUCAAGGAGGCCAUUCGGAUCACGAAAGGGAUAGCUGCAGGAACCGUCUGGGUGAACUGUUACAAUGCCAUCUCCCAUCAACUUCCGUUUGGCGGAUACAAGCAGAGCGGGAUCGGCAAAGAUCUUGGACAAGCAGCUGUAGAUGAAUUUAGUCAAGUCAAGACCGUCCGUGUCUGGACUUGA